AGAUGCUGAACUCAUGUGUCGACAAAACUCACAUCCAAAUUUGACCGAUAUAAGUUUUUUGGAUUCACUGUGUAGUGAUAAUGGUACUUUGACAAAAAUGAUGUGGAGAUGUGUUUACGAUGAAAUGGUUCAAAAGUUUCCAGGUGUUGGAUCUUACAUCAAAGAUCCGGCUCAAGAAUCCCUCAAUCCUUCAGAGAUUGACCUGCUUCACUUACUUCGGAGCUACCUCGGGUAUGGAAGUUUCUUCAGAGGUUUUCACUCAAGUAGGGUAUACUCUCGGACAGGUGGGACCCCACCGAGGGCACUAGCCAGUAGACACAAGGAACAUGUUGAUUUCUACACCGAUGGUCGGAGGAUUAUGCCAUUUUCCAAACGUACUGCAGAUUCAUCUUUAUCUAAGUUGGAACAUACUGGCCACUCGAAACGUUCUUUGACUGAUGAUGUUCCACGUGGAUCUGGGAUUAAAAUACACGAACUCAAGCCAAGGUCUUCUGAAUCAGGUUUUGGUAAUGGUCAGCUUCCUUACACAACAGAUGGUUUAAAUUAUAAAUAUGACAGUUACCGUCCUCAUGGAUAUGGGGGAUAUAGUUAUGGGAGUAAACAGUCAAAUAAUAGUUAUCAUUCAUACUGGCCAAACGGCUCAAGUUAUGGAAGUCAGCCAGACAGUGACAUUUACCGUCCUUACGGAUCAAGUCAUGAGGGUCAACAGUCAAGUGACCAUAUCUAUGGGUCAAGCAGUUCAAGUUAUGGAAAUCCACACUCAAGUGAAAGUUAUCGCCCUUAUGGGUCAGGUGGCACAAGUUAUGGAAGUCCACGGUCGAGUGACAGCUAUCGCCCUUAUGGGUCAGAGGGCACAAGUUAUGGAAGUCCACAGUCAAGUGAUACCUAUCGCCCUUAUGGGUCAGAGGGCACAAGUUAUGGAAGUCCAAAGUCAAGUGAUACCUAUCGCCCUUAUGGAUCAGAGGGCACAAGUUAUGGAAGUCAAAAGUCAAGUGGCAGUUAUCGUUCAAAUGGUUCAAGGGAUCCAAGUCAUGGAGGUAUAAGUUCAAGCAACAGUUAUGGGUCAGGAAACUCGGGUCAUGAUGAUCAAAAUUUUAGUGUAAAUAAUCGUCCUCACGGAUCAUCAGUUGAAAAUCAGAAAAAGCAAACAUCAGGAAUUCAUUACCGGGCGGAUAGACCAUUUGGAUCUAGUGGAGGAUCUGACCUCCAAGGAUCUGCAGACAACUACCAGGGGGGAGGAGUCCAUUUUUCUUCAAACAGCCAUUUCACAGAAGGAGGAAGACAAUACGACUAUGACAGGUCGAGUUAUCCAGGGAGAAGACACGGAGAAAACAGUUAUGCUAAACAGUGGCUUGGAUUUAAUAGAUUCGACAGACCUCAGAACGGAAGGAAUUACCAUGGUAACCAACAGAGAGUAUUCGCAGACAUGGAAUUUAACCAAUUCAACUUACCGGAUGUUCUUUAUCACUGUCUACGAAAUAUUAUGCCGUCCCAAAAAGUAAAACAUUAGGAACACAGCUUUGAAGAGGCUCCCAGUACUCAGAAUGGGAAUCCAGGUUAAUAUAAGUUGCUUCAUUCUGAAUGAAAC